ACCUUUUUUCAGGAAAAGGCACCUUGUCUGACGUGAUGAGAAUUGAUUUGCUAGCAGCCCUUCUUAGGCUGUUUAUUCCGUAGAAAUCACUGCUCGGCAACCCGAACGCUAAACGUUGAAAAUACUGGAAAUAAAGCAGGACGCUGACGACCGCAAGCGCCGGAGCACAGGCGAGAGCAGCGGCGUGCAGCACGUUACUGAGAGUCCUGGAGGGACUGGAGUUAUGACUCAGAGCCCCUGAGACGCCAUGGAGCUUUAGCUCGCCCAACCAAACCUCAGUUCGAGAGUGUGUCUGUCUGAGAAUGGAGUGGUGCAGGCUGCAGGCUGGAUGACAGGGUCUGCAGGGAUCUCUGACCGCCCUCACCCCCCCCCUCCUCACACCACCUGAUCGCCUGCGCGCCGCCCCGUCUCUGUGCUGACGGGGAUCCGGAGAGACGGCCACACACACACCUUCCUCCCCCACCCCCCUGCCUCCCCUCGGGCCACAGCAUUGCACACUCCAGGGCAACCGUUCCUGCCCCUUUCUCUUCUCUCACCCCUCCACCUGUGUAGGAGGACACUCCACCCCUCUUAUUUUGGGGGUUUCCCUCUCCACCUUUCCCGAGCCCCCCCCUCCCCUCCCUUCCUCCCCUCCUUUUCUCCCCCUGUUCUCUCCUUCCCUCUCCUCUUCCUCAUUUCCCCUCUUCUCUGAUCCUCUCCUCUCUCCCUCUCUCCCCCCUCGGUGAGCGUGUGAGGGCAGAAUGAGCUGGUUAAGUCGGCUGAACCCGCGGGCCGCCGGCUCUAGGUCGGGCCGAAACGCUGCCACCUCCAGCCCCUGCACCGCUGACCCGGAGACCUGCCUCAUGGUCUUCCAGAACCACUGGAGACAGGUGUCGUGGGUGCUGGAGCAGAAGGACUCAAUGUCCAGUGGCGCUGACGACUUGACUGCCGUGAGGAACCACACUGACCAGAUGCUGUGCCUGCUGGCCGAGGAGCGGCCCCAGGACCUCGACCCCGAGGUUCUCUCUUCCUCUUCCUCGUCCUCCUCCUCUUCCUCUGCGGCCGUCUCCAUGGGGCCCAUCUUGGAGUUUGUGGUGUCCGAGCGGGUCCUGGAGCGGCUGGUGGAGUGGCACGUGAGCCGCGGCCUGGACCCCGACAGCCAGGGGGCGCUGCUCAAGCUGUUUGAGAUGCUGAUCGGCCAGUCCCAGCAGCCCCUGCUCCAGCACAUGGCCGUGCUGCAGCCGCUGCUCUGCCUGCUGGCCACCUGCGCCGACCCCCAGCUGGGCUGCCCGCCCGCCCUCGAGGCCAGCCUCGUGCUCCUGCUCAACCAGGUGUGUGUGUGCACAGCGCGGGAGCCCAAGGUGCUGGAGCUCUUGUUCCAAGCGACGCCGGCCCCUCAGGGUCCCACCAACCUGCUCAUCUUCUCCCUGCUGGUGCCCUUCAUCCACCGGCACGGCGCCAUCGGCCAGCAGGCCCGCGACGCCCUGCUGCUCGUCAUGGCAACGUCCGCCAGCAACCAGGCCGUGGCCCAGUACAUCACCGAAAACUCCUACUUCUGCCCGGUUCUGGCCACGGGCCUGAGCGCUCUCUACUCGUCGCUGCCGCGGAAGAUUGAGGUGCGCGGGGACGACUGGCACGCCCUGCGGCGCGAGGACUGGAUGGGCGUGUCCUCACUGGUCCUCUUCAUGAACUCGCUGGAGUUCUGCAACGCUGUGGUGCAGGUGUCUCACCCACUGGUGCGCACUCAGCUGCUUGAUUACGUCCACAAUGGCUUCCUGAUUCCAGUCAUGGGCCCCGCCCUUCACAAGUCAUCUGUCGAUGAGAUGAUUGCCAGCACGGCCUACCUGGACCUCUUCCUGCGCAGCGUCACGGAAACGUCCCUCCUCAAAACCUUCCUGCGUUUCAUCCUGCUGCAUCGCCACGACAACGACACCAUCCUGGACACGCUGCUCACACGCAUCAGCAGCAACUCGCGGUUGUGCAUGGUCUCUCUCAGCCUCUUCAAGACACUGCUGUCCCUCAACUGUGAAGACCUCAUGCUACAGCUCGUUCUCAGGUAUCUGCUGCCAUGCACACAUGUGAUGCUGAGUCAGAGGCGUGCGGUUAGGGAGACAGACAUUUACGGCAAGUCCGCAGACAAGUUCCUCUCCCUCAUCCCGGAGUGCUGCCGCCUCACAACAGUGCCAUCUGGUGAGCGGGAGGAUGAACCCGCCUUUUGGGGGAAAGUCCUGGGCAGCCCCAGCGCUGCUGAGUCUCCAGUCCACCCCAGACCCAGCACGCCGUCCCGUCUGGCCCUCUUCAUCCGCCAGCAGAGUUCGGGCGGCGGCGGCGGCGGGUCGGCCAGCUCACCCACGAGCGCCGACCCCACGCCCUCCUCCCCCCGUGGGGCUCCGGCCGCCCCCCUCUCCCCCGACAGCCCCCUGCACCAGGCCCCGGGCUCCGCAGACGAGCCCAACGGGGAGUCGGGCUACCUGGACUACCUGCAGGACGCUCGGCGGGGCAUCGAGGUGUGCUCCUGGGCCUGCCGCGACUGGUCAGCCCCCUACGACGGCGAGGACCCCUCUCCGAACCUGGCGCCGGCUCCCCCUCCCCCUCCCACCAGCCACCCCAGCCUGAGCCUGGUGCCCGAGCACUUCUCUCUCCAGGGCGGCCCGACCGGUGCGGCCAGUGCGGGCAUGGGCUCAGGCGAGGCCGGCCAGAAGGAGCGGGCGGCGGUGGUGGCGGCGGCGCGUUCAGAGUGGAGCAGCUCGGAGCGCGAUAGCGGCGAGUGGGAUGUGACCAUCAGCAAGAACUGCAUCAGCCUGACACCGCGCAGCAAGAAGCGCAGCCUGCAGCGGGACCAGAUGCCACUCAACACCGCCCCGCUGCACCUACCCACCGCUUCCUCCUCUUCCUCAUCCUCAGCAUCAGCAGCAACGACAAUGCCGACCUCCACUGUGUCCACUUCUUCCACCCCUGCUCCCCCACACCAGGCCCUCUUUAACGGGACGGGCCGGGGGGACAGCUGCCCCGACCUUGCAGACGGGGGCAUGGAGGUGAAGAAGGUGAAGCGGGACGUGGAUUUGGACGCGAGCGUGAGCAUGGGCGGCUCCGGCGCGGAGCCGGGCCAGAACGGUGCGGUGGGCGUGUGCGCCCCCGAGGCCUGCCUGCCGCUACAGGGAGGCGUGAGCUGUGUUGAGGACCGCGGUGGCCCCAGCGCCCUCCAGCAGACGCUCCCGCAAGUGUCCUGCCAGCCUGACGGCCCGCCACUGUCCUUCCCGGCCCCGGCCCCGUCGCUUGACGAGGCCCCCCCGAAGCCCACUCCGUCUCCCGCCCCAGCAGCCCCGGAGGCGGCCUUAGCACCAUCGGCCUCCUCCUCCUCCUCCUCCGCCUCCUCCGCGGUGAGCCGGGGGCUGGAGUCGGUGGAGAGCCUGAUCGAGGAGCUCUUGGAGCGGGCACCCACUGCAGCGGCCCCACAGGCUGGGGACUCCAAUGGCCAGGGCAUCAGCAUCGAGGCCUUCCACCAGGAGCUGCGCGAGCUGGAAGAGCGCGUGAGGGAGCGCAGGGCGGUUGCCCAGGCCCUGGAGGAGCUGGCCAGAGAGCCGCCCGGCCUCGAGCACACAGAGGACGAGCUGCAGCCGCCGCCCACGCCGCUCGAGGCCGAGUCGGCCGCCGGCGAAGCCAAGACGGAGAACGCAAUGGGAGGGAUGUUCAGUCCUGCCAGGCCCCUGGGCCAGCCGGCCGCUCCUCCAUACACUGGACCGUUUAUUAUGGUGUUGUUUGCCAAGCUGGAGAACAUGCUGCAGAACUCUCUGUACGUGAACAUCCUGCUGACAGGCAUCGUGUUCCAGCUGGCCUGCUACCCGCAGCCUCUCAUCCGGUCCUUCCUCCUCAACACCAACAUGGUCUUCCAGCCCAGUAUCAAGUCCCUCAUCCAGGUGCUGGGCACGGUAAAGAACCGCAUCGAGGUGUUUGCCGCCAUGCACGAGGACUUCCCGGCCAUGCUGAGGAAAGCCCGGCGCUACCUGCUGGCCCGCGGCAAGCUGGACUGGAGCGACUCGCCCACCACUUUGCCCACCCUGCGCCGCUCCGACUCCAUGGGUGAGGUGAAGAGCCGUAAGCCGUCUCUGGGCGACCUGAUCUUGCGGCACACCAACAGCCCGACCCGUGCGCGCAAUGCCGCUCAGAUGGCCCUGGCGCACGUGCGCGACGGCGGCCAGUCUCUACACAGCGCCCUGUUCCGCGCCACCACCUCCUCCACCGCCUCCAGCCUGGAGCGGCAGGCCGAGGCGCUCCGGGUCAAGAACGCCGUCUACUGCGCUGUGGUCUUUGGAGAGUUCCUCAAGGAGCUGGCGGCGCUCGCCCAGGAGCAUGCCGUCGCCUUGCCCUUCCCCCGCAGCGGCCCUGGUGCCGAGGAAUGACCACACACACACACACACACACACUGCGCGCGCACACACACACACACACACCACAAUGACCCACAAACUGGCAUUUUUUUUCUUGCCACAUGAGGGCAGUAAUACGUUUAAUCGAACUGAGAGAGAAGCCUGUUGGGAUUUUUUAAUUGUUUGUGGAAAUUGCACAAGUGGCCUGUGCAUAUUUGUGUACAUACCUAUACAUAGAAAGAGUAUAAAUAUAUAAGAUAUAUAGAAUAUUUAUGUGUAUGAUGGGUUUUAUAUGCACAGAGACUGUGAACGCUGAACUGCUAUUUCCUGGAAAUGGUAUUCACACCUGUGUACACAAACACACACAUACACACUGUGUGCAGAGCUCUGCCACUGUAGAACUGUAUUCUAGCGGCUCAGCUGAAUGAAGUAGUUGUCCACCUGUAGUGCACGGCGAUCUCCUCUCAGCUCUGUAUGGCUGACCGCCCUCCCUCAGUCCAGUCUGAUACGGGACAGGAGAGGGCUCCCUGAAGUCAGAUCCUCAUUCGUUUUCUACACAUUUUUAAAACCCUGUUUGUCUCCGUGUGUUAGACAAGCGUCCAAUGAAUGCAUUCGUGGAAAACAUUUUUUGUUUUUGUUUUGUUGUUGUCAAAAAGGAAUAAGGGUUCACCUCUCACAACAUGGGGACAUAAAUGAAUCAUGAAUGGGGGGGGGGGGGGGGCGGGGACAAACAACGCUGCGCCUCUGUUUCGGAGCCUCCUCACAGCUGCACAUCAUCAGAGGAGGCCAACCCGUCGUCGGCAUCUCAGACUCGACCUCUGGCCCCGUGCUGCUGCUCUCACUCUGCGGUGGAGAGCUAGGAGCACGCCGGCCAAUCGUCUCUGACCACCAUCUCAAGGACACACCUCCACUUUAUUUUAUUAUUAUUAUUAUUAUUAUUGUUAUUUUUUUUUUUGGUUUUCUAAUUGACGCAUCACCUCUGUCGGAUGGAGAGAGGGGUAAUGGAGGGGGUAGGAGGCCAAAUACAACCCCAGUGAUGAGGAGUAGGAGAUCAGCUGCCAGACCUGCUACCUCCUCCUGUCCAGCGGCCAUCUCUCAUCUGUGUGGGAUCUGUAGUACUGGACAAAAGCAAACACUACAUGAGCUUGUGUGAAUGAUCAGAUUUGUCUCUUAAUACUUUAACACAUAUCAGCCAUGUGUGGGAGCUGCACACUUGUAUGAAGGCUUCUGCGUCGGUGCUAAGUGUUUGUACGGGUGUAUCUGUGUGUAAGUGUUUGUAAGUGAUGGAGAGAGUGAAAGAGAACGCACACGUCUUUUUUUUUAUAUUUUGCAUGUUCUCUGUUGGACUGCCAGCAGUUGAAGAAGGAGCCAGAAUCGUGAGCUGCCAUGUUCUGCAUCUUUCUGUGUCAUUGGGACGUGUGCAUUAUGAUUUUGAAAGCAGUGUUUCCGUUGUGUCCAUUAUUUGUUCAGUUAUCCUCGUUCAUUUCAUACACGCAUUCUCCUUCCGUCCCUGGUUCUCCACUACGUAUCUCUUUCUUUGAAAGUGAUAGCGCUACAAAGCGCUACAUUUAGGCCCUGUGGUCAGCCGAGACCACUUCUGACUGGGCGUGCUUGAGAGUAGGUGUCCAGCAGCAUUCUCCUACUCUUUGUGUUUUUUUAAGUUUUGCUUUUUUUUUUUUUAAGUGUGCGUCUGUGUGAACAAAGGCCCUUUAAUUGUCUGUCCAGGUGUUUGAGUGUAGAAGACAAAGCCCUUGGCUAGAAUGCUUGUUUCCUGGCUGCCUUGUUGGAGAUGGCCGCUGGUGAUGUGAGACCAGCUAGAACGUGCAGCCUUGGGACUGUCUGUCUGUCUGUCUGUCAUGUGUGUCCAGUUAUGAUCUGAGAUUUAGCUGUGGCUAACCUGCUUCCACCGCACAGUGUUGUUUGUACCAAUUCUGAUUGCCAACGCUCUUGUCACUUUGGGGGGUGUGUGUGUGCGCGCUAAUUUGAGACUCUCAGCAGAUUUGAAGUAUGUGGGUGCAUGUUUCCUAUGUAAUUUGGGUCGUCUUGUUGCUGAUGGCAACUGUCAAGCUUUUAGAAUAUUUUCUUUAAAACUCAAUGAACUCCUUCCAACAAGUCCACUCGAGCCAUCGAUUCCAUUUUAUCAUUUUUUCCCUUUUCUUUUGUUUGUUGUUGCAUGUCAUUGAAUGUUAGUCUUUGGAGCCAGAAGCCAAGUAAGAUUCACAUGUCUUCACGGGGGUCACCAGAUCAUCUGGAACACUGCGAGAACGAGAGAAGCGCAGUUCUUAACAGAUUGAGCUCGCGGCAGAUCUCCUCCGCCUCCUCUGAGCGCUCUCGGCCCUCGUGAGGGAAGGAGCAGGGGAGAGGGUGUCCGUCCAGGCUGUCUCUGAGACGAUAAAGGAAGUCUGCUCGGGAACCAGGCUUGACUGAUUCACUCAGAACUCGCUAGACUAGGGCUUUUAUAUUUCUAUUGUUUUAGUGUUAUUUUUAUUUAGGAUUGCAGUAUGUCUCAAAGCAUGGUUUAUCUUAUUUUUUUAUGGAAAGAGUGAUUGUGUGUCUUAUGCAUUGAGGAACAGUAGUGCCAAGUGGGGUUUUUUUCCAGUCUAUAGAUGAAGAUAAUGGUCUUAAGCCAUAUUCCCAGGGUUUGCCAGACUGUGGUCUCCAACCCUCUGAAUCGGUACAAGUAUAAUGUGUGGACAGGUGUGUGAGAGUGUAUGUAUAUGUGUGUGUGUGUGAGAGAGGGAGAGAAUGAGAGAGUGAGUGAAUGAUUGUGUGUGUGUGUGUGUGUGUGUGUGAUUCAUGCAUUGAUUCAGAACUCAUGAGAAUAUUUUGAUACACUUCUGUGCACUAAAGCUGUCCCAAAGAGAAAAAGGGAUUACAUCUCUCAAUAAAAAAAGAAAUGUUCAUUUCAGUCCAAAGUGGAUCCAAUCUUUAAAUCUUAUUUGGGUGCUUUUCAUUUUAACCAGAUUCUUUUAAUUAAUUUUUGUGUUAUCAAUUGACUCAUCAUAGCAAUUGUUUUGAAAUUUGUAUGCAUGUAUGGGAAUAUGCCAACAGAAAUGUUCAUUUUAAUAUUUUAAUUUCACAGUAUUCAGUGGUUCUUUUGUUUCGUUUUGCUUGUUCCUGUAUGGAUGUGUGUUUUUAAGGAAAUAAGGGGUGUCGGUCUCUCAAAAUCUAUGCAAAUCAUCCUCCUGGUUUUCUCCAACACCACUGCGAUCUGAGAAGGACUGGGUCCUCUGUAAAUAAUGUAUAAAGAGACACUGGGGCGGAACAUCGGAAACCAGAGACAACUUAAGUAAUCAAUAGGACUGAAUGGAACACAUGCAAAAUAAUGAAUGUUGUCAGAAUUAUUUUUCUAUAUUAAAAAAAAUCAAGAGGAAAAGUUAGGCAGCAAAAAAGCUGACACAACAACUUUGGGAAAAGCUGUAAGAAACACUACAAAGGGAAUGUUUUUAUUAAUUUAUAAAUGUUUUAACUGGCAA